GUCCCUCUCUGAUUAUACCUGGGUGCUGCCAGAGCCUGAGUCAGACUGACUCCAGCCCUACAGUGCCUGUGAGUGGGAGCAGCUCCUGGUCCUCAGCUCCCCCCCACCUGCUGGGACCAGACAUGGCCACGGAGACACAGUGGAGCUGCCCCAUCUGCCACAACACUCGGAAUGAUGUGGCUUCCACUCUGCCCUGCCGCCACCAGUUCUGCCUGGGCUGCAUCCUGCGGUGGGCAAAGACAACCCCAGCGUGCCCACUCUGCAGCAGGCCAGUGGAGACUGUCAGGUUCUCUGAGCGGGGUGAGCAGGAUUACAUCCAGUUUGAAAUCACAGCCCCCAAGGAGCAAACUGAGACCAACCACCAGGCAAGGAGAGCUCGCUUCUGCCUGGCUGAGAACAGCCCCCAGCGCCCUGUGGUGCCCAGUCCACCUUCUCCACAGGGACAGGAGGAUGCAGGGACAGAGCCUGUGGGUGGCAUCCUGCCCGAGGUGUGGGCAGCACUUUUCCGUUGCCGACAGCACCUCCUGGAUCCUGCACGGUCCUGGCUGCGCCAGAGGCUGGCUGCACUCUACGGGGAGCAGUGGUGGAGGGUGGAGGCUGCAGAGGGAUCCAUCCUGCACGGCCUCUGCACCUGUGGGCUGCAUGCUGAGGUCCUGGUGGAGGUGCUGGAGCCCCUUCUCAGCAGGCACACAGCACCACUGAUCCAUGACAUCAUCAGUGUCAUCGUGAGCCAGUGCAGCCAGGAGGCACAGAGGCUGCAUCACACCAGAGACGAGGACAACAGGCCUGCGGCCAGUGCCGGCUCCAGCAGCUCCCAGGACAGAACUCCCACCAGCAGCCCUGCAGGCUCCAAGGUGGAGGAGGGAGCUGGUACAUCACGCGCCAGCCUCCAAGGGAGUCCCAGCUGCCCCAGAUCUGUGCCUGAUCCUGCAGAGCAGGACCAGCGCCGGGAGGGGAUGGAGCAGCCAGAGGGGGCAGGUCCCUGUGCCCAGGGCAGCAACCACAGCCCCUCUGCUCCUUGACGGGGCAGGGACUACUCACCCAGGGGAUCCCAGCAACCCUCAAAGACGAGGGUCCCUAGCCCUCAGGAUUCUCCUUAGCCCAGCAAGAGGUGGCCUCGCAGGUGGCAGUAGCAGGGCUCCAGAAACUCUUUAGCCAAGCAGAAGCAAAUAAAUUACUAUU